UCAGUUUAUUAAUUACAAUCUGUUAUAAUCUAUUAAAAUUUUGAUUAUUAAUCAUUUGUAUUUAUGAUCUUCGCUUUUGUUGUUAUGUUUAAUAGCUGUUAAUAAUAAUAUUUUCGCUUCUUGUGAUAUUUAUUUACCUUUCGACUUAUCGAUAGUUUUAGAAGAUUGCACUAUUUUGAGUUAAAAUUUACUUAAGAAAUGGCUCGAGGUCCAAAGAAACAUUUAAAACGGCUUCAAGCCCCAAAAUCAUGGAUGUUAGACAAAUUAGGAGGUGUAUUCGCACCUCGUCCAAGCACAGGACCUCACAAACUAAGGGAAUCUCUGCCCUUGAUAAUUAUGAUUAGAAAUAGAUUAAAGUAUGCUCUUACAAAUGCAGAAGUAACAAAGAUUGUGAUGCAAAGAUUAAUUAAAGUUGAUGGUAAAGUGAGGACAGACAAGAAUUUUCCAUCAGGUUUUAUGGAUACCAUUACAAUUGAGAAAACUGGUGAAUACUUCAGGUUGUUGUAUGAUGUCAAAGGAAGAUUUCUUCUUCAUAGAAUAACCGCUGAAGAAGCUAAGUAUAAAUUGUGCAGAGUUAAGAGAGUUCAAGUUGGUCCCAAAGGUAUUCCUUUCUUAGUAACACACGAUGGCAGAACAAUCAGAUAUCCUGAUCCUCUCAUAAAAGUGCAUGACACUAUUCAGCUUGAUAUUGCCACUGGUAAAAUUAUGGACUUCAUCAAAUUUGACAUUGGAAACUUAGUAAUGGUUACUGGAGGGCAUAACUUGGGACGAGUAGGAACAAUAACAUCUCGAGAACGCCAUCCUGGUUCCUUCGACAUAGUCCACGUUAAAGAUUCAUUAGGUCAUAGCUUUGCAACAAGGUUGAGUUACAUCUUUGUGAUUGGCAAAGGAAACAAGCCCUUUAUCUCCCUGCCUAGAGGCAAGGGUGUAAGACUUUCUGUAGCUGAAGAGAGAGACAGGCGUUUAGCAGCAAAGUCACAGCAUUAAAUGUCAAUUAAAUAAAAGUGAAAAAAAAAA